AAGGGACACAUCUGUCCUGCCAGUGUCCCAUCUAUCAUCCUCCCUCCUCAAGACCAUGAAUCAGUCGGUGGCAGUGCAGAUGUCCGUCACUCUCAGUUAAAUGUUAGUGCUACUUGAGCAGAUAUCGCUCGGCUGGCCGAAGAGGAAAAAAAAGAAAGGGGCUGUUAAAGGUGCUGGAAGAUGUCUCUGUGGAUGAUACUGCCUGUCAGCCUGCCAGUGCUGACCAUCACUGGAAUAUGGGUUGUGUACGCCAUGGCCCUGUACAACCAGCAUGUCUGCCCUGUGGAUAACUGGUUGUACAACCAGUCAUGUGAAGAGGACCUGUAUUUGCAGAGUGGGCCAACCUUGUGCUGCACAUUAGACAAUGUACCUCUCAUCAGUAAAUGUGGGACUCUUCCCCCUGAGAGCUGCUUCUUCAGCCUUAUCUGCAGCACGGGAUCGUUCAUGGUUAUGACGAUAGUGCUGCUCCGCUAUGCCCACGUCAUCGAGAAGCACCAAAACUGUGUCCUCAACACGGCCAGUCUCUCCACAGGCUGGAUCUGUGCCGCUGGUCUCAUCAUGGUGGGCAACUUCCAGGUGGAUAAUGCCAAAGUUCUCCACUAUGUCGGAGCGGGCAUCGCCUUCCCCACCAGCAUGCUGUUUGUGUCCCUGCAGUCAGCGCUGACUUACCGACUGGCCAAGACCCAGGGCGAGUACAACGUGGCCCACCUCCGGCUCUGCAUGACCCUGCUGGCCUUCGUAGCCUUGGUGCUCAGCGGCGUGUUUUUCUGCCAGGAGAGCUUCGUCCUUCAACACGCGUCGGCCAUCUUCGAAUGGGUGUUCUGCGUCAUCGUCAUGCUGUUUUACGGGACGUUUGCCUUCGAGUUCGCCGGCAUGUCAGGAGGCACCAUGGCCGUGCUGGCUAGAGGAGGGGCCCUGGGGCCUGCUGGGAGAGAACACAAGGUGGACGCGCUGGGACCAAUGGGAGGGCCCAGUCCGCACCACCCACACCAACCUGAAAACAUGUCCAUCCUGUAGCCUGCUGGCACAUCUCCGUGCCACACAGUUGGCUUGUUUAUUCCUUUUAUAAACUGCGGUUGUUGAAUGAAUUUUAAUUAUUCAUUUCCAGCCACAUUCCUCUGAAGCUUUGAGAUAAUCCAGGCCAGUACCGUCGCUGUUCACGACAGAGUGGAUUCUACUAUUUCGACCACAGGGGUGUCGAUGUGCUGCCACAGUGGAGAGCUCAGAUCGUACUGUGCUCACAUCAGAGCUCGGGGGUUUCCUAAGGACUUGUUUGGCGUUUGCACAUUGCACAAGUGUGAAACCAACAUUUGUCCAACCCAGUCCUGUUUGUAUUUAAUCAGUCAAUUCAAGAUUUGUUCGUUUCCCUUGAAAUCCUGUAUUCUCUUAGUCUCACUUAGUGGCCUUGGAGCAUUUCUACUUGGAGUGUCUGCCUUGAUGCUUUCAUUAUGCAGAAAGGCGGCUGCUGGACGGCCGAGCUGACAGUAUUAUAGCUGUGAGACAGACAGAGAGAGAGAGAGAGAGAGAGUGCACAAGAGCUACAGUGAGAGCAAGGUUGCUUUGCCCGCAAGAAUGUUGAAUGCAAUAAAUUCAAUGAAACAAUCGGUCAAAUAGAGAGCUUCAUGAAUGUUUUCUUGAGAUAGAGUAGGGCAUCCAUUUGCAUUUAAUCAUUUAAACAUCAAACGCAUCAACAUUUUUUAAAAUUUUUUUUUAUAAAAAAUUCAAAUUACUGUUCAGUGAAAGACUCCUUCAUUGUAUUGAAUUUAAAUUCAAUAGAUUUGAGCUGCUGUUAGCUGAUUGCUUCGGUUAUUCAGCCUGAAUAUUCUGUCAAACAGACUUUAUGCUGCUUUUCAGCCACAGCUUGAUGUUAAAGAAAGUCGAGUUUUUUUGUUUCUACAGAUUUGAAAUAAGCUCCGUCAAGCACUUGAUGUGUGGUUAAAUCCACAAAAGCAUGCCUUACGUUUUGUAGUGUCCAUGGUGCCUCGUGACUUCAAACCUUUUACGUCUGAGUCUGGACAGCACCCUGUCUCACGCUCUUAUUGUUUACUGGAAGGAAGAUGAAUCAAAUACUAUUCAAAGUUUAAGGUCAACAUAGUACUGUAGAGUUCUGCCAAAGGAAGAGAACGAUACUGCGUCCAGCAGCCAAAUGUGAUCCGGCUAAUUCAACCCAGAGCUCUGGCUUUAUUGAGUUUAGUGACGAGGCAUCACGCAUGUUCUCAAAUUCUGUGGGUGGAGGGCUGCAUCUCAUUAAUCCUAACAAGGAGAGGCUCAAGCGUUAAUGGGGUCUUUUGGGAUUACUACGUCCUAUACUUCUUUGAAACCACACUUUUAAGCUUUUUUCUCGGCCGUAUAGUGUAACAAAGGGAAAAGGGAUUUUGAUCAUGCCUGAGGUUCACUGUGCUGCUUCCUUGUGACUUUUCUGCAGAAAAUGCCAAAUACCUGUUUGCCAGAGGCAUUGGUGCUACAACACAGAAGUCCUUAUGCUGCCAUUUCCCCUGAGUUUAGCUGUGAUGUAGUUGUGAUCUGAAAGCAAUAAGAGGGAGUGAAUGAGCUGGGACAGAAGGUUGCAUGCACACCUGUGAGUGCCAGGAAUAUCAGAGCAGAUAUUUGCCACUACAAAUUCAUUUUGAACACUACAAAGCCCCCUGCUUACACCUACACUGACUUUAGGUUGUUUCAAGUGAGGUUAACCCUUUUGUUUUUCUUUCAGUUGAAACAUUUCUUGUACUCAUGGACUUUCUCUGAAGUUCUAUGAAGUUACAUAACACACAGAAUUACUGUUUAAUGUUUAAACCAUGUUCCCAUCUCAGUACCAUAUUAAGAAACUCUGAGCUCUCUGGUGUGAAACACAUCCAGCAGAGGGUUUACAACAGAAAAAAAGUCUUGUUAUUACACCAUCUCAUGGUAAAAAUACCGCUCUCCUCAUGCCACCACCGGCCACAUGUUUGCUCAGGAUUUUAUUUAGCGCCUGUAUUUUGAGUGAAAGUGGUUUAGUUGCUCAAAAAACGUUUUUUUCCAGCACAGUUUUUGCAGCUCGGACUGGAAACUCAAGCUGAAAGCAUGACUAUCUCUGAACAGACUGAAGGGGAAAAGCUUCCCCAUGCUUGUGUUUGGAAUAAGAUGGAAACAACACCAGCGACUAUGCUGAUCACCUGCUGCCCUCUGCUGGCCAAACUGCGUGUUGCAGAUUAGAUUAGGGCCGUUGUGGCAGAGUUAACCUCACAGAUGGUCGAUUAAUUGUUGGAAAAUAAUGCAGAAAAGGCAAAGUCAGCUGCACGUCUAGGCCUGAUCUACAAAGAAGGUAUAAUGAAGAGCACUUGAACCCUAGUCUGUGCGUCUGGCUUAAGCUGUGCAGCGAUGUUACGUGGCAUCCCUUUGAAGGAAAACUGGCCUUUUGACACACAACACACAAUAUGCCUUAAUUUAACCGUACAAAUUCAGUGCAUUUUAAAUGUAAAGCCUAUUGCUGCUUGUGCUGCUCGUUAAAUAAACAUGUUGUCAUUACACAGUUACUGGAAGUAUUUGAGUUUUCUCAUAGGGCAUGUUAAGAAUCUAUGCAAAAUGGGCAUUUCCAAAAGAAUACUACAGAAUCAAAUAUUUAGUUUUAGAAACGUUCUCCCAGCCUGCACGGCUGCUCUCUCUACCUUUUGUCCGUAUUAGUCUGGGUUACUGAUCAGUUUGUACUUUGCUCUCAGGAAAACGUUAUGACACCAGCUGCAUUCGUGGUUUGAUUCAAAGCAGAAUGACCUCCGCUUGCUUCUGCCUUCUGCUGUCUUUGUUUUAAAGGAAUGUGUUCUAUACUCAUGAAGAUCUUUCAUGUUCUUGUUUCGUUUUGUGUAGCGUAGGUGCGACUGCCUUUUUCACAGUUGUGGGAUUGAUGGUUAGACAUAAUAUAACAGAUUAUUUUUGUUAAUCAAGACUCUGUAAAGCUGCAAAUAAUAAACAUUCCUGUAUAUUUGGCUUGUGAGCAUGUGUAUGCGACUCAAACACACACGGUUAAAUAUCUACAAGAUAAAACAUUCAAUCAGUAGAUCAUUGGUGAGCUUUCUGACAAACUGACAAACAUCUGUUCAUUCUCAAAUGCUAAAUGCUAAAUGCUCCCUAUGUGCCUUAUGUAUUAUUUUGAUAAUGAAAACCAAAGAGGUUUAGGUUGUAAAUUCUAUUUUGAUGAAAAGUCAUAUGAUUGUAUAUAUAUGCCUUAAUGUUCAACAAAUAAAUGUUUUAAGAAAA